AGACUCGUAGAAAAAUAUGUGCAAUCUCAGGUUUCUCUCUGAUUUUAUAUUCUAUUUGGUAGACACGUAGACACUCUGUUUUCUUUUGACAGAUGACAGGUUAGGUCGGCUAGGCUUUCUCUGUCAGUUAUAUCUAUCUUUCUCUCUCAUACUUCCGGUUAUAUCCCAAGCGACGGGAGCCAAUCAGAAAUCGUUAACGUAUUGACGAAUCUCUGUUAUAGGGUAAGGAGCCAAAAUCCAUAAAAAACUAGGGGAGAAUGUUGGCAAUGAUGGAAAAUCUCUAGAAUCCAUAAAUUUAUUUCUGAAGUUGACAACACUGUGGUGCUUUCGGGAGUAGCAUGGGAUGCGUGUAGUGCAGAACCGUGAUUGUGACAGAUGGUGCAUGAAAGACCAAAAUAACCUCGCGGAGAUGACAGCACUAACCUGCGUCUUGCUGACCUGUCAUCUCCGCGAGGUUAUUUUGGUCUUUCAUGCACCAUCUGUCACAAUCACGGUUCUGCACUACACGCAUGACGCAUCCCAUGCUACUCCCGAAUGCACCACAGUGUUGUCAACUUCAGAAAUAAAUUUAUGGAUUCUAGAGAUUUUCCAUCAUUGCCAACAUUCUCCCCUAGUUUUUUAUGGAUUUUGGCUCCUUACCUGUUAUAGUAUCUCUAGGGCCGAUUCGACUAUGAAUACCAGCCUAUAUCCUUCCAUCAUGGGUAGUGCUACGCAUGAUGUAAUAAGAAAGAUGAACCAACACCACGUAUGCGCAGUAGUCGACCAAUAA